GAGCCGCCCGGCCCGGCCCGCGGCCCCGCGCUGACCGGCGGCCCUUCACAGCUCCCCUCGGGCCGGGGCGUCCCCCGCGCUUGCAGGAGUAUAUGGUCCUGAAGUUUUAAUUGUACAGAGUUCAUCAACAGACAUUCAUCAUGUCUUGGCUUGCUGAUCUCGCUGGAAAAGCAGAGGAUCUACUCAACAGAGUUGAUCAAGGAGCUGCAUCAGCUCUGAGCAAAAAAGACACAUCAAGCAGUGCAGUUUAUGAUAAUAAGAACUUGGACUCUGCCAAUGAGUAUUCUGAAGUGUGCCAGCGUACUGGAGAACUGAAAUACCAGACUUCAUCCAAAGCAGCCUACAUCUCCUCAGCAGCUGAAAAUAUUAAACACCAAAAGGCCACAAUCCUGGCAGGAACAGCAAAUGUUAAAACAGCACGUAGGACAUCCUCAGAGGCAGCUUCUCCAGCAGAAAAUGCUUCCACACCCAGAGCUGCCUCACAUUUUGUGAGAAGAAAGAAGUCAGAGCCUGAUGAUGAGUUACUAUUUGAUUUUCUCAAUAGUUCAGAGAAAGAACCUAAUGGAAGGAUAGAUUCUAAAAAGGAGAAGAGCAAGGCACCUGUUCUUCAGAAUCACUCUCGGACUUCAAGCAUUAGUUCUGUGUCUACCAGUACACAGAGUGCAAAAACUACUGAAGAUAAUUCUGCCAGGAGCCAAGACAAUGAAACUCCAGACAGUUCAGACUCUGGCCUGGGAGCACAAGGGAGUGGCCUGAAGGAUUCAUCACUAAGUGCAGCAACCAAUCCCAGCCUUUCAAGUAAUGAUGAUUCCAAAUCUCAUGAGCUGUCCAAUCUUCGCCUGGAGAACCAGCUGCUGCGAAAUGAAGUUCAAUCUUUAAAUCAAGAAGUGGCCUCAUUAAUACAGAGGUCCAAAGAAACACAAGAAGAACUGAACAAAUCUCGGGAGAAGGUGGAGAAGUGGAAUGUUGACCAUUCAAAGAGUGACAGGAUGGUUAGAGAACUUCAGGCUCGAGUGGAUGAUCUUACAGAAGCUGUUGGUGCCAAAGAUUCACAGCUAGCUGUGCUGAAAGUACGGUUGCAAGAAGCUGAUCAGCUCUUAAGUUCUCGGACAGAAGCUUUGGAAGCACUGCAGAGUGAAAAAUCACGGAUAAUACAAGACCACAGUGAAGGAAGCAGUUUACAAAAUCAAGCCCUUCAAACUCUUCAGGAGAGGCUGCGUGAUGCAGACUCUGCACUCAAGCGAGAACAAGAAAGUUACAAACAAAUGCAGAAUGAGUUUGCGGCUCGUCUAAGUAAAGUGGAAGCAGAACGUCAGAACCUGGCAGAAGGGAUAACUGUAGCAGAGAGAAAGUAUUUAGAUGAAAAGAAGCGAGCUGAUGAGCUUCAGCAGCAAGUCAAAGUAACUAAAAGCCACCUAGAAUCUGCAAAACAGGAACUGACAGACUAUAAACAGAAAGCUACUCGCAUUCUCCAAUCCAAAGAAAAGUUAAUAAACAGCUUAAAAGAAGGCUCUGGUAUUGAAGGCCUGGAUAGCAAUGCAGCAAGCACGGUGGAACUGGAGGAACUGAGACAUGAGCGAGACACUCAGAGAGAAGAAAUACAAAAACUAAUGGGGCAAAUACAACAGAUGAGAACAGAGCUGCAGGAUAUGGAGACACAGCAGGUAAGUGAAGCUGAGUCAGUGAGAGAGCAGCUUCAAGACCUACAAGAGCAGAUAUCAGCACAUAAAAUGGCCAAGCAAGAAGCAGAAGCUGAACUGGAACGGCAAAAACAGGAACUUCAUUAUACUGAAGAAGAAUUGUAUCGAACGAAGAAUACUUUGCAAAGCAGAAUAAAAGACAGAGAGGAAGAAAUUCAGAAGCUCAGAAAUCAGCUCACAAACAAGACUCUAAGCAGUAGUAGUCAGACAGAAUUAGAAAAUCGGCUUCAUCAGCUGACAGAAACACUAAUUCAGAAGCAAACCAUGUUAGAGAGCCUGAGCACAGAGAAAAACUCACUUGUGUACCAGCUGGAACGGCUUGAGCAACAGCUGAAGGCUAUCCAAGGCACAAGUGCUAAUGGACCUUCCAUUAACAUGGCAGGCAUUGAUGGUGCUGAAGGAGCUCGCCUGCGUAGUGUUCCUGUCCUGUUCAGUGACAUGGACACCAGCAUGGCAGGAGUCUACGGCAGAGUCCGCAAAGCUGCCAGUACUAUAGAUCAGUUUAGCAUUCGGCUGGGAAUCUUUCUGAGGCGAUACCCCAUAGCGAGAGUCUUUGUAAUCGUUUACAUGGCAUUGCUUCAUCUCUGGGUUAUGAUUGUUCUCCUUACCUACACCCCAGAAAUGCAUCAUGACAGUCCCAGUGGCAGGUAGACUGAGACAGGACCGUAUGCUGUGCUAAUGUGAUGUGGACUGGCAAUGCCUUUGAAUUAUCAGUCCUGAAACAUCAGCAAACUUUUCCUCAUGGUGUUUCAGAAGGAUGAAAACCAUCAUGCCUGAUUUAUCACUACCUUUCAAACACGUGUGUAAUACUAUGUAGCUUUUUCAAUUUACCUAAAAGAGCAUCACUUACGUGGAGAAAUGAAGCUGUUAAGCUAAGCUCUGAUUAGCCUUUACAAUUUAUGUACACCCUCUGGUGGUUAGAGUGAAAGAUAAGGCUUGUUCUGCAGAGAAAUGCAAGGAUUUCUGAAAUCACAGAUAUAUCUGGUACAAAUUAUUUUAGAACAUACUGGAUGUGGGCUAUGGUCAGGUAAUAAACUGUAUUUAGCAUUUUAAAUAAACUUCUUUCUGGUUGCUUUCA